AAGUUACAGCACUAUGAACAUAACCUCAAAUUUGUCGAAAAUUCAUAUGCGGCUUUUAAAGUUUUGAAUAACAAAAACAAGGGUAAAAAUAUAAUAAAAAAAUUGAGAAAUAUAGAAAAACUGCUUUCAUUACGUAAUUGAAGGAGAAUUUAAAGAGAUUCGAUAGAGAAUUGCGAAGAAUAAUGCUUGGAAGACUAGCGACUUCUCUUUUUAAUGCUCUUCCAUCGAUGGUGGGAAGGCAAGUGGUAUCAUCGGUGAGUGCCACACCAACGUUAUCGAAUCAAUUAGUAAAUGGGGGCUGCAAUGUAAUGUCAAUUAGAAAUAAAGUGAGAAAUUAUUUUCCACGUCCAAAUGAAGUUAUGAGAAUUCGAAAACACGGAUGGAAAGCAAGAAUGGCGACUCUCUCGGGAAGAAAAAUCAUUAUGAGAAGAAUUUUAAAAGGUCGACAUGUCCUUUCUCAUUAAUAACUUCUGUAAUCUUUAAAUAAAAUACGCACUAACUUUUAAA